UGCGCACAGGUUUUCUGGAAAUACAUCCUUUGCACUCAACGUUUUUGAAAAGCUUGGUUCCUAACGACAAAUGCAGCUUCUUUACCAGUAGAGUGGAUGCAAGUCAGCUGUUUGGUCCAGCACGUAGAGCGGGUCCCGUUCGUAAUCGCACGGACUCCAGCUGCAGGGACCAUCACUGAAGGCACAUGCCCCCAACUUGUGAAAAGCAGACUAAUGUGACCCUUCUCAGCCUUGGUCAUCAUGGGAUGUGGCACCUCUGUUGCCACGGAGAUACAAGUACAAAGAGUGGAGACAGAUGAAGCAGUCAGGAACCCCAGCCCGGCUCUGACUAUUAAGGCAGCUGUUUUGAUCCAGCGCUGGUACCGGCGGUACAUGGCCCAUCUUGAGAUGAGGCGGAGAUACACAUGGAACAUCUUCCAGUCCAUUGAAUAUGCAGGAGAACAGGACCAACUGCAGCUGUCUAGUUUCUUCAGUUUCAUGCUGGACAACUUUACUCAGCUGAAUGGAAAUGGACCAGACUUGAUUUCCCAGCUGUUGGAUCCAUUGAUCGACCCCUGGUUAGACAGAGAGACCUGCUUCGAUACGGUCCCCGUCCCAGACUCCUACGCCGGGCCUCGGCUGUCAUUUCCUCUGUCCGUCUCUGAUACAAACGCUCUUCUCAAUGCAUUUAAAGAUCAACAGACUCUACAUGCUCGAUAUGUGCUGCAGCUGCUGUAUGAAACUAAGAAGCUGCUCAGACAGAUGCCCAACAUCAUCCACCUGUCAACAUCCUACACCAAGGACAUCACUAUAUGCGGUGAUCUGCAUGGGCGGCUUGAUGACUUACUCCUCAUAUUUUAUAAGAACGGUCUUCCCUCUGCUGAGACGCCCUACGUGUUCAAUGGAGACUUUGUGGACCGAGGUAAAAAGUCCAUUGAAGUGGUCAUCCUCCUGUUCGCCUACCUUCUGCUUUACCCCGACUACAUGCACCUGAACCGAGGUAACCAUGAAGACCACAUAAUGAACCUCAGAUAUGGGUUCACAAAAGAAGUCAUGCUGAAGUACAAGACACACGGCCGAGAGAUCCUCCAGCUUUGCCAGGACGUCUUCAGCCUUCUACCUGUGGCGACGGUCAUAGAUGGAAAGAUCCUGAUUGUUCAUGGAGGGAUAUCAGACCAGACCGACCUGGACUUCCUCAGUUCAAUAGACAGACACAAGGUAAAAUCUGCUUUGAGAUUUCCCAGACGGAGCUUGGAGCAGCUGGACAUCGGUCACUCCAUCAGACAGAACAAAAGACUGAGAUCGACAGAGAGCUCCCGUCCAAACAGCAGCCACAGUCACAGCAAAAACCAAAGGAAGAGGCGAUGCCGGCUGACCAGGCAAGACAGCACCGUCUCUUCUUCCUCCUCCUCCUCUUCAUCAUCUUCAUCCUCCUCUACCCUCUGCUCACCUCGAACGCCAUCGUGCCUCUCACCCCGUCCGUACCCGUUGUCUCCCAUCAUGCCUUACGCUGUAAACAUCCUCCAAGUGCCUUUCCUGGACUCUCUGUCCUCCGUUUCUCCUCCCUCACUUCCACAACAUGAACGGGAAUGGAAACAGAUAGUCGAUAUUUUGUGGAGUGACCCUAAAAACCAAGAUGGCUGCAGUCCCAACACAUUCAGAGGAGGAGGCUGCUACUUCGGUCCUGACGUUACCCAAAGGCUGCUGCUCCAACACGGCCUGCGACUGCUUAUCCGCUCCCACGAGUGCAAGCAGGAGGGCUAUGAGCUCUGUCAUGGUGGACAGGUCAUCACCAUAUUCUCUGCAUCAAACUAUUACGAGGAGGGAAGCAACCGCGGUGCUUACAUCAAAGUGGGAAGAGAACUGGUUCCUCGCUUUUACCAGUAUCAAGUCAGCCGAACCACUCGCAAACUGACCCUCACACAGAGAGUCCGAGCUGCAGAAGGCUCCGCUCUCAGAGCCUUGAAAGAAAAGCUGUUCACCCAUCGCUCAGAGCUGGUGUCAGGGUUUCAUCAGUAUGACCAGAACCGUACAGGCACUGUUUCAGUCAGCGAAUGGGCUCAGGUCCUAGAGUCUGUACUGAGACUGGACCUGCCCUGGAGGACACUUCGCCCUCAUUUAGUCCAUUUGGCACCAGAUGGCAGUGUGGAGUAUCAGUCCUGUUUCGAGGAUAUGGGAUCGGGAAUUCAACUGGCUCAGGUUACUCCAAACCUGGCUGAAACUCUGUUCAGAUACAGGACAGACAUUGAGAUAAUAUUCAACAUUAUAGACAAAGACCAUUCAGGUCUGAUCUCCAUCGAGGAGUUUCGUCAUACCUGGCGUCUUUUCAGCGCCCACUUGGGGGUUGACAUUGACGACCGAGCCAUUGAUGACCUGGCUCGCAGUAUUGACUUCAAUAAGGACGGCAGUAUAGACUUCACAGAGUUCCUAGAGGCAUUCAGAGUUGUGCACAAACUGGACAACAAAGACCAACAACUGAAUGGAAAGACAGACAAUGUUUUAACAAAGAGGUGAAGUUUUCCUGCUUAUGUGAUGUGCAGAAAAAUGUAUGAUGGAAGACAAGUAGUAGAGUUGAAUGGUGUUCUCUGCAUUGAAUGUGGGCUUCAAACAAGGUGGUGCACCUUAAAGAUACAGAUGCAUUUUGGUUAGAUCGCCAUGAAAUGUUGUACAGACGUUCAUGAAUCCCAGAGAUUUUGAAGAACUCUUGACUUUUUAUCUGCAGGAGAACCAUGAUAGGUCGACAUAUUUGAUUUAGUGUUAAAUAUGCAUGAAUGUUGUGAUGGAUCACAGUGAAAUUAAGUCACUUAGAAGGAUUAUGUUGGUGUAAAACAGAUGUUUUAAUAUAUGAUGAUUACAAACCUACACUAGCUUCAACACAUUUGCUAGAAAAGGUUAAAUACCUGAGCUUGGGAGAUUGUAUUUUAGGUACAGUUUGAUUUACACAGCUGCAGACUCUAAUAAAUCACUAAGACAUAUAGCUGGAGUACCACUGCAGUGCUCUUGUAUAUCAGUACUGUGUAUUUUAGUAGUAUGAAAAACAGAUUAUUCACUGAAAUUCGGGAGAUGCUGCUGUUCAUGUUACACUGGUUUAAC